UAAAAAGUUUAACUAACAUCGGAACCAAUAUUUUCCGGACUAACAAAUAUUUAUACUAUUUAUGUCCCAGGUCUUUCUUAGAAGACUUAUCAAAAAUAUCAUGAAUGAAUUACAGAUGUGAUACAACUAUGUUACCACGCUCACAGUUACUUCGUGUUUGUCUCUCUUGUUGGAGAAAUGUUCCAUCUCAAUUAAACAGAUCAACAUUUUCAAGAAAUCUAUUAUGCUCAAAUAAGUGUGGACUAAGGUGGAAAAAAUACCAACAGGCUGUUACAAGGGACUAUUCCAAUACGAAGGCAGAUGAACUUGACAUUUCACAAAACCCAUACUUUGAUAAGUACAAGGGAAAAAUCAGUAAUAUACAAAGUACAUCUCCAGAAGAGUUUCAGGCUAGACUUGACCAACUGAAGGACAAAAAACUUGAGUCAUCAGAGAAGAGAAAACAGGAAAUUAAAAAAGCUCAAUCAGUUCCAAAACCUAGUGUUGAAAGUCCCCAUGGCAGUGGUAACUGGCCACCAAGGAGUUUAGAUGAUGUUAUGAAAAUUGAUCUAAUCAAAGAUAAAAGUGCUGAAGAAAUAAAGAAGAUAUGGAGUCAAUACUAUGCAGAAAAAGAUUGCAUUUUUGGAGCAGUUGAGGCUAUGAAUUAUGAAAGUUUAGAUGCUAAAGCAAAGACAUGUCCUAUUUUUCUGUACCCAUUACCUAAAGGAGAUGGCUAUGAAUACUAUUUCUCACAGAUACACGGAAAACAUGUCUAUUUUACCCCACUGGGAAUGUACCAGCUUCUGAAAGAAAAUGCUCCUCCAUGUUUGACUGUAGCACAUUUUCCUGAAUUUGCAGAUGACAAAGGAAUAGUUUUGAUGGCUGGACAGUAUGAUGAAAAUAUUAUAAGUAAACAAGAAGCUGUAAUAUUGGUCAGUCAAAUGAGUGCAUACUAUAGUCCUAGUGCUGGUGAAAGAUUUAAUCUGGUCAGAUUGUUUAACCUAACUCCAGACAAAUUUAAACAUCUUGACCUCUUAAAUGAAUAUGAAAAAAUGAAACACACAUUACAAUCUUGAUGGUUCUUGUAAUAAGUUAUAAAAAUAAAUUUCAUUAUCUUUA